GCAUUAUGGGAAGAAGGUCAGAUGGUUCUUGAGACGCGUGCGUAUGACGUAGAGGUUCUUCACAAGAGUAUGGCGGCCUGUGUGGCGCGGAGGUGUUUAUCGGUUUUGGGCCGAUAUCGUCGCGGGGCGGUCCAAUCAAGCGUUGCCUUUGACGUGCGCCCGGCCGAGCGUGUUGCUCCGCGGUGUGUGUGUGUUUGCUGCGUGCAACAGAAGCGGACUCUCACUUCCCGACCCGAAGGUAAAGUUUUGGAACCCGUUGGAGUGUUUGAAGUGCCAAAGCAACAAGGGAAAUAUGAGACAGGCCAGCUGUUUCUUCACAGUGUGUUUGGCUAUAGAGGCAUCGUGCUGUUCCCAUGGCAGGCCAGACUGUAUGACAGAGAUGUUGCUUUCCCUGUCUCAGAAAAGGUAGACCCAUCAGCUGCUCAAGGCGCCAAAGAGGUUAAAGGCAAAACACACACAUACUAUCAAGUUCUCAUAGAUGCGAGAGACUGUCCUCAUAUAUCGCAGAGGUCACAAACUGAAGCUGUGACGUUCCUUGCAAAUCAUGAUGACAGUCGAGCACUAUAUGCAAUUCCAGGUUUAGACUAUGUGAGUCAUGAAGACAUCCUUCCAUACAACUCUACAGACCAGGUGCCCAUCCAGCACGAGCUGUUUGAAAGGUUUCUCAGUUAUGAUCAGACUAAAGUGCCACCCUUUCUUGCACGGGAAACAUUAUGCGCAUGGCAGGAGAAGAAUCACCCGUGGCUAGAGCUGUCUGAUGUGCACCGAGAGACCACAGAGAAUAUCAGAGUCACCGUCAUCCCUUUCUACAUGGGAAUGAGGGAGGCUCAGAAUUCUCACGUAUACUGGUGGCGGUACUGCAUUCGUUUGGAGAAUCUUGGUACUGAUGUAGUUCAACUGCGGGAAAGACACUGGAGAAUUUUUAGCCUAUCAGGAACUUUGGAAACUGUGAGGGGCCGUGGAGUCGUAGGCAGGGAACCAGUACUAUCUAAGGAGCAGCCAGCAUUUCAGUACAGCAGCCAUGUCUCUCUGCAGGCUUCCAGUGGUCAUAUGUGGGGUACAUUUCGUUGUGAAAGGCCUGAUGGCUCACACUUUGAUGUUCGAAUUCCUCCAUUUUCUUUGGAGAGCAAUAAGGAUGAGAAGACGCCCCCUUCUGGUCUCCAUUGGUAGUGCCGCAACAUAUGCCGCCUUCACUGGUCAGCACUUUGUAGAACUAUUACCCCCAAAAACCUGCUCUUAUAAGAAGAAAACUGUUUGUUUUAUUUGCUUUCCGGGAGCCAUCUUGUCUAGUGUCUGGGAAAAGACCUUCGUAUCAAGUUGUGUCUUCACAGGACAGAAGCUGCUGCAAUUAAGUAAUUCCCACAAUGAUGAGCCUUGUAAAAAUCACGUCGUUCUAAAGCCUUUUGGGAAUUUCAGUUUUAUUGAAUAAAGGAAUCGUGUUUCUUGGAGCCUGUUUGGGCUCUGACAUUAAUUUUUCUUAAAUGAUGUGAAGUAGAAAAGACAUUUGCUGUAGCAGUAAAGCAGUAAAGCACAGAUGGAACUCAGAGGGGUCAGUUCAGUGGAGGCACCAAAAAAAAAAAAAGAUUGUGAAGGUUUGGGUUAGUGGCAGGUGCUGGAUAGGGAAUGACUGACAUACGCAUUGCUGAGAGCAGUUACCUGGAAUGUUGAUACUAUUUAUUAGUAGGGUUUCAUUUGUCUUUUUUCUAUCAGUGAUUAAAGCAUAUUGGCCUUGUU